AUUAAAUCCUUAUCUUUACUUUUUUAUGAAAUGCGGUAAUGGUAAGAGAAUCGGAAUCAAACAACCAUUACCUUCAUUCCCAUUACCGUCAAAAGAACACAGCCUUAUUUUAAUAGAAUAUAGUAUUGAUUACAGAUCUCAUUAAUUUUGAAGAAAAGGAAAAUUAUAUCCUUUUUAUACUAUUGUAAAUCAAUAAAUAAGGAAGAAAAUAGUAAAAAUUAAUCACACAAAACUCACACUGAAGCAAGCAUCCAAUCAUCAUCACAUAUCUGUCACCGUCUAAUUUUUCUUUUUGGCUUCCCGAACAGUCAGAAUCUCUCCUCUGUGUGCCUCGGAAUUCAUUCAAGAACUAUGUCGUUUCGGGACAAGAAACCCGCGAAACCCUCCUCCAGCAAUCGUACCGGCAGCGGCCGAAUCCGGACGCUCUCCGACUUGAAUCGCCCCUCCACUGGACAUGAUUCCGACAGCGACAACGAUGGCCCUCCCGAGUACUAUACCGGCGGUGAAAAGAGGUCCGAUUUCUUUUCCGAUACUCGUUUUAUUGGCGGAACUCGCUCCAUUUUGUUUUUCUUCUGCUUUUGAACUGUUGGAUUCUCAUUUAGUUACCUCUAAGUUUGCCAAUUGGAAUCAAUCAUGUUCUCAACUUACUUGAUUUUUUUAUGAUUGUUUAUUUUUAUUUUUAGCCAUCAUUUUGGGUUUUUUUUUUCCCCCAAAAGUUGUUUAUUAUGAUUGUGUUUUAGAGUACGAAUUGGGAUUCGGAAGGCCUUCUCAUAAAUGAAUUGAUUCAGGUUCGGAAUGGGAGUUAACUAUGGUUCUUGAAAUCUACGUGAAUUCAAUUUGUGAUUGUUACAGAUUAUUCGAAAAGGUUAGUUGGACUAUGAUAUGCGUGGUGUGAUUUUGGGCAUACUUGAGGGGUCAACUUUAGAAAGGAAAAAGGAUAGAAGGAUUAAUUUUCUUGGAGUGAGGGUUGAAAUCUGGGUCAUUUUAUAGAGCUGAACGCUUGGUAUUUUGCAGUUAACUUGUCUAUCCAUUGGCCUCCUUUUUAAGAUUUUUGUUCCAUUGUAGUAUACAUUUGAUGGGAAUAGGAUUUCAAGAUAUGAUCCAUAUUGCAGAUAUCGUUCUGUAGAACUAGUACUUUUAUUAAUUGUCCAAAACCACUCGACUGGUUGUGGGUUCUGGCCAUAAAAUGACCUACAUUUGUUGGCCUCUUUGGAAGUCAUGAACUGUGAUAUUUUUAGGCUUGUUAUUGAUAGGCUGCUUUAUUUUGUCUGCCAAAUGAUGAUGUUGGUGGUUGACGCCAAUUUGUUAGAUGGAAAAUGCUCUACUAUAUUACAUGGGUCUCUAGUAAGUUUCCUAUUGUGUUGCCAUCUCUUGUGCUUUUAUUCUUCUUAGUCGUUUUAAUUUUUAUCUUUCUUUGUUCUUCGAUAUAUUCUAUGAGUUUAAAGCAUUCCUGAACAGACCUAUUUUACACCGGUCUGUAUUAGAAGAGAUUAUUGAUUGUUUUGUAUGAUUAGUUCUUUGACGCAUGCUAUGAUGUUCUUGCAGUGGUAUGCUUGUCCAGGAUCCAUCAAAGGGUAAUAAGAACAAUGAUGUUGAUGCCAUCUUUGACCAAGCAAGGCAGAUGGGUGCCGUGGGAGGUCCCAUUGAAAACCUCCGUCCAUCGUCAAGUUCUACAAGUUUCACUGGAAUUGGAAGAUCACUUGUCGGUGAUUAUGUGCAAUCUGCACCGCAAGCUCCACAAGCUCCGCAACAGCCUGAGGCAGUUGUACACACUAUAGUUUUCUGGAGAAAUGGUUUCACUGUAGACGAUGGCCCUUUGAGGAGGUUGGAUGAUCCUGAAAAUACUCCUUUCCUGGAGAGCAUUAGAAGGUCCGAGUGCCCAAAAGAGCUGGAGCCAGCUAAUCCGAAGUCCCCUGUGCAUGUUAAUCUCAGUCGGAGGGAUGAGGACUUCCAAGAGCCAGAGAGGCGUCAUGUGCCUUUCCAGGGUGUAGGAAGAACUCUUGGUGGAAGUUCAUCAAGUGCUGAAGUCCAACAGCCAGCUGUUACUACCCCUCUGAAUACUGCUCCUACACCUUCAGUCGGUCUGGUUGUGGACAAAUCAUUGCCUUCUACCUCCAUUCAACUGAGGCUGGCUGAUGGGACCCGUCUAGUUGCGCAUUUCAACUAUCACCACACCAUUGCAGACAUCCGUUCCUUCAUCGAUGCAUCUAGGCCUGGUGGAGCAAGGGGGUACCAAUUGCAGACUGUCGGGUUUCCUCCCAAAGUUCUCAGCGAUGUGUCACAGUCAAUAGAGGAGGCAGGGUUAGCCAAUUCAGUGGUCAUUCAAAAGCUAUGAUCAGUGGAUAAUAGUUUCUUGUUCUCGUCAUUUAUGCCUUAAAUAUGUACGAGUAAUUUUACCCAUACUUCCUGAACAUAAUUCAAGCAGUUCAUGGGACUGCUUUAUUUUGCUAUGAGGAUUUGUUGAUACCUAAAAGACUCGUAUUAUUUUGCUCAGUUUCACAGUUUGUAUGCUUGUGUUUCUCAAGCAAUGUAUGAUAACGUUUACAAUUUCGCAGUCUUAUAAUUUUCCCCCAUUUUUCUACCCUA